AUGGCAGAGUGCAUGAAGACGACUCGUAAAGGCGGCGGCGGCGGCGGAUACUGCAAAACACAACGGCCAUCAGGAAAUUAUUCUAUGGGAAAUUUAGAGAAACCCGUCAGCUAUCAGUUGUCAACAAAACCUAUUUUUACUUCGAUGAUGGUCAAAACCAGUAGAACGCAGCCUAGUGGUUCUAGUAAUCGAAAGAAAGCAAAAAAUAAAAAAAUUGAAAUUGCAAAUGUUAUGGCAAAAGUUCCUAGUAUAAACUCCUAUUUUAAAGCCAAUAACGUGGUAAACAGCCCAGAAAUUACACCAAAAGAUUUUGGCAAUAGUCUUAUUACUGCUACCAGUUCACAAACGGAUGAUUUAUUAACUCCUUGUAACUCAAAUUCAUCAUAUUAUCGGAAGGAUAUUAAUUUGCAAACUUUAAAUGAAGAUAAUUCUGCUGAUGAUCCAUUUGUCAUUGAACAACAAGAAAAUCUUAACACUGACAAUACUUCAAAUAAUACAUUAUUAAAUACAAUGCUUGUUAGUUCUGCCAAUAUUGAUGUCAAUGCUGGUGUACUAUUUCCAACUGCAAACAAUUGA